AUGUCGGCUCUGAAGGCAAGCAAUGAGUCCGAAGUGAAGGCAUUGGAAGCACAGCUCAAGUCAUCCAACGAUACAAUGCAGACAAUGAAUGAAGAGAUGAAUUAUUUGAGACAAAAAUUCUUGACUUCCGAUAAAAAAUUCAGUGAAAUGGCGAUAAAAAAUACUGAAUUAAGUAUAGAGUUGUCGGCUGUGAAGGCAUCGAAACAUAUCAUUGAAUCUGAUGUCAAACAAUUGCCACAAGAAGUGAAUGCACAGAAUAUUAGUUGUUCAGCGAGUGUUCCACAGGACAUGUCCUCCAGUUCUUCAUCCAUCAGUUCCAACAAUCAAUUGACCACUAAUUCAGACAAAAUCAGUGAUGAGAUCACUAGUAAAGAGAUAUUGAUUGAAAUAAAGGAUCAAUUCAAAUAUAUAAACAAUAUGACAUAUAAAAUUUUAGACCAAUACAAUAGGAUGUUUGAAAUGGUCAAUGGAAUAGCACAUGCCGUCGGGCACAUCGCUGCAAAUACUCCCAUAAUCAAAUCGUAA